UAUGGAGUAUAUUUUUUUUGCAAAGAGAUAAGAAAUAUAUUAUAAAGAAUUAUGAAAUUGACAUAUAAAAAUAUUACAAAAAAAUAUAUUCUAUUGCAAUUUCAGUUGAAGAUAAAAAAAGUAGAAUAAGUGCAUGAUUAUGAAAUAAAAAUAUACUUUUUUGGAUUAAUAAAAUUUUGUAAUGAUUUGGUAAUGAAAAAAGUGUAUGAACAUAAAAAAGAUCGUAGAAAUAAAAAUAGUGUAUGAAUAUGAAAUCCAAUAUACUAAUUUUAUUUAGAUUGAUGAACUUUUUGUUAUGUAUUAAUAAAAAUAAAAAUUAGAUUCAAUUAUAAUUUAAGUUGAAGAUAAAAGAAAGUAAAACUACAACUAAAUUUUUAGUAUUUUAAUUUGAUGAAAAAAGAGAAGAAUUGAGAAAAAGAAAAAUAAAAAAAGAAAAGCAAAAGAAAAGAACGAAUGUUGCACCAGGAAGAAUGAAAAAGGAAAUCAAUUUACUAAAGUGGGAUCGGCACACCAUGCGGAGGGUGGGCCGAUCCCACGGUUAAUUGAACAUAGGCUGCACACAGCCCCUAACAUAUCAUCUCCACCCUGCCAGCCUUGCGUAGUUAUAAUGACCACCAUACAACUGGUCCUAGAAUCACUAAUGAAAUCAAGACUCAGAAACUCAGACAGGGCUGACCCACAGCUCCCGCCCACAUUCCAUUUUGGGACCAAAAGUUUUAUCUCAUCAAAACAAACCUCCCAAAUCGUGGGCACCAGAUUUCCGAUUCCAAGCUAACUUGAUUGAGAGUGAGCAGAGCCCAACAAACCGCUCUAGCCAAUCCUCCUACACGCCAUAUGAAUCACCUCUCUAAUCUCUCAAGCCGCCAUGUUAGGUACGGGUUUGCCACUAACAACGAUGCGCUAACAGACAACCCAUGUGUUGGCGCCUCCAAGACAAUUCUUCUGCCGCAAAUGUAGCCGCGGUUGCAGGCACAAAUAUGGCGAGCACAACCACUGCGGUCCGUGGAUUUGCAACCCUCGCCGAUUGAAAAUCUCCUCCUUUGAUCCUACUAAGAGCCAUUAAUGCCGAUCGAUUGUAACCAGUCAAUAAAACAAAACUAGCAAAAGACUUGGUCCAAGAUGGCAGGAAAACCAGAUCGACAAAGAAGCCACACAAAACCCUAGAACGAGAGAACCUCGUCUAAACCCAUCCACCUGUACAUCAUGCACAUAUGCAAUAUUAGGUAUAUAAAGACAAACUUUCAUAAAUGAAUAUGUUCAUUGGGAUUGUGCUAUUAGUUUUGCAGUACAAAUACUCAUAUCAAUAUUUUUAUAAUUGUUUGUCGAGGAGGCUUCAAAACCAACACAAAAGACCAUCGUGAAGAGUGGUGAAUUAAUUGUUCAACUAUAUAUUAAGUCAUGUGUACUUACCAUUACCAAAAAAACCUACGCGAUGACUCUGGUGGCACCCUGGACCGGUGGCACCCUGGAUUGGCGGAUUUGAACGGCUUCUCAAGGAAGAGUUAGAUCGGCGAAGGGGACGACCCUAUUAGGAAGUUUCAGUGUUUAGCUUUCCGCUGCAAGGUUUAUUUUUGCUUCGUUUCUGUGUUUGGACCGAUUGUGUUCUUGCUCUGGGCGUUUGUCCCAUGUCUUUGAUUUUGGCUUUGUAUGACUGAGGUUGGUAGUAUUGUUUUCUAUUUUGAACAAACGGCCGGGAUAGGUCUACUUCUUUGUUGAUUGUGGUGGCUUUCAAUUAGAUUUUUUACACAGUUUUGGGAUACUUCAUUGUUUUGUGUUUUGUGUCUUUCAUAUUGUGUUGUUAUGGAAAUGAUUACGAAGAAUGUUAGCAUGUUUUGAAUUGCUGAGGAGGAGAAUAGGGGUUUGGUGCUCGUGGCUGAUCCGGUAGAGAACGCUGGCAUGACUAAAGAGGGAUCCUAUCUAGCGGUUGUGGCUAGAGUGGUUUCGGUCAAACUCAUUCAUGUUGUUUCCUUUUGCCAAACAAUGACUAUGGUUUGACGACCAGUCAAGGGAGUUUCAAUUGAUGAAUUGCGGAUUCCAAAUUUCUCUUACAGUUCUACCAUGAAGGAGAUCUGAGCAGAGUUGUUGAUGAAGAGCCUUGGUCCUUUGAGCAGAAUCUUGUGGUCAUCAAACGGGUGGGGUGUACUGAUAGACCUCUUGAGGUUCCACUCGAUCAUGCAGACUUUUGGGUUCAAGUUCACAACCUACUGUUAAGCUAUAUGAUGUCAAGGGCAGCUUGUGGAAUAGCUAACAACAUCGGGUCGCUUGUGCAAAUGGAUGAGGGCUCUCUUGGGGGAAAGCAAAAGGUUGGUCAUGCGCAUUAGAGUCACUAUUAAUAUUACUAUGACUUUGACUAGGCGCUUACACGUCAGACAGGAAGGGGAUAGCUGGAUCUGGGCAAACUUCCGUUAUGAGAGACUUCCAAAAUUUUGUUUUCUUUGUAAGAUUCUUGGUCAUGUUGACCAUUUCUGUAACUCUAAUCUGCAUAGUGGCAUAUGGAUCAGGGAGAAGUCUUAUGGGUCAUGGUUACGGGCUGAUACGAGGCGGGCUGGAUCGCAUCCGGGUAGCAGGUGGCUUAUUUCUAGCAGCAACAAGCCACAGGACAAGAUGGAUGAGAGAGUAGACUCCGAUAAAGUGACAAACGAACAUGAGAGCUAUAUGAUUGAAGGAAUCCUAUCAAAGGGCAAGGAGAUUGCUACAACUUAGGAAACACCAAGAAAGCGCAGGGUCACUGAGAAGGAUAGUGAGAAGGGGGCACAUGCACGCAUGGAUGUGGACGAAGAAACCCCCAAAAAAUUGGAAGUGGUGGUGCUGUCCGAGUAGUACCGCGAGUAGCAGAAGAAUUUGAGGAUAAACAUGAGGAACCUUUAGCGGAGGCUGGUCAAACCGUUGUUUCCUUGCCAGUGGUUGGAAAAACUGGAUUAUGUUCUUCCUUUGAUUUGUUGUAGUCUCAAAACUCAAUUGUGUUUUUUGCGUUUCUAUCUAGUAGCAGGUGCAUCAUUACUGUGUAUGGAGUCUACCAAAUUGUGAGGUUAAUGAGACGGACCGCUAGUAAGCGUGAUUCCAGCUCUGAGUCUCACCCCAAUGCAGCCUUUGUUAUGGCGCACUUGUAUCUGAUCCUUAGUUUUAACAUUAAUUAAGUUAUCUUUUGCCAAAAAAGUCAG